UGGGGGGUGUCAGAUGUGAUGUGGGGGCUCUGUGGGGACACGCUGCAGGGUGGGGGACCCACCAUGGACAAAGCCCGUCCAUGCACAGAGCAGCUGCCCCGGCCUUGUGAACCCCGGAGGACGGGGGUGGCGGUGGAGGGGUGACUGUGGGGUGUCUGUGGAUGGGAUCCCAGAUCUGACCGUGCAGGGAUCGGUGUGGAACACCGAGUGCCCGUGCUGUGGGAGAGGCCAGGGCAGGCCUGUGGCGAUGCAGGUGUUGGCGAGGCAGCGAGGGGCUGAGGUGCUGCUGCUGGGGCCGGGGCUGAGUGCCGUGCUGGGGGCUGAGCAGCAGUGCUGGGGCGGGGGUGCCAGUCGCUGUGCCCAGGAGCAGGAGGGGUGCUGAGGUCGGGGUCCCGGGUGCUGGGACCGUGUGUGGGUGCUGGAGACUCCCGGCCUGGCUCGGCUCUGCUCCCGCCCAAGAUGGCGGCACUGCCACGUCCACAGUGUGGCCGCGUGCGGGGACAAGGCUGGAGGCCAUGCGGGGCUGGGGGCCGAGUGCUGGCCCUGUGGGCGAUGGGGCGGUGCGGGGUGGGCAGCUGGGGGCCGUGGGGGUCCCGCCCGGGCGCCAGCAGAACCGCGUUCGCCUCCCGGCCCACCCCGCCAUGGCAGCGGUGACGAAGCACCGUCCCCGCGCAGGGUGGCGGGUGACGUCCUCGUCUCCUGCCUGGCGCCAGCGUUGGGUGGAUGGGGCAGCCCCUCCCCGGCACGGGGUCUCCCAGCCGCAGCCAUCACUCAGCACCGCCGCCUUGGGGUGGGCUGCGGGCAGGAGGCGUCUGGUCCUGGCGAGGGGCCGCCCGUGGGGAGGGGGCGCGGGGGCCUCCGUCCCCCUGACUGCACCUGCGCCAACCGUGUCCGCCCCCGCCGGCGGCCUCCUGGAGGGAGGGUCUGUGGGCGCCAGGGGGGCCCUGGGGUGCUGUGGGCUGUGCCCCACAUCCCUGUGGGGCUUGGGGCCCCAUGGCCGCCCAUGGUCCCGGCCAUGUGCAGCCCUGCCCACGCGGCGCUGGCCCUGGCAGUGGCUGUGGUGCCAUGGCGCCAUGGGGAUGUGGUGCUGUAGGGUCGUGGCUUGGCUGAGGCCGCUGCCAGAGCAGGAGGGGUGCUGGCUUUGGGCUGACCCUGCCAAGCCUUCACUUUCCUCCAUGCUGCUUCACUGCUCUGAUGCUCCCUGCAGCUCCGGCAUCUUCUGGGGCUGGGAUGUGGCACAUUGGCCUCAGCAGGGCUGGCUCACACCUCGGCUGGGCAGGGACAUCCCCUUCCCCAGCCCCUGGCAGUGGCCAGCCCAGGAACUGCUGGCACAUGGAAAGAGACACUUUCUGCCUCCCAACAGCUUUUGUGGUCCCAUCCCCUCGCUGGCAGGGCUGGGCAGGGCUGCAGUGGUGCAGAGGCUCCUCAGGGGCUGCAGCAGGGCUCGGUGUGAGGGGAGGGUGGGUUCGUGCAGCCAGACCUGAUG